CACCACGCCCGGCUGUUUGUUUCUUUUGAUUUAAGACUUAUUCUCAGACAUUUGGGUUCAGAUGCUUGCUCUGCCAUUUUCAGGUUGUUGACCUAGGUGACUUUUCAGUGUCUGUGCCAGAGUUGUCUUCUAGUAACAUGGAAACAAAUCUCUCUCUUGUAGGCUAUUAUGUUGUUAUUUGAAUUAGAACAUGUAAAGCAUUUGGAGAAGUGCCCAGCACAUGCGGAGUGUUCCAAAACUUCAGUCAUUGCUGUUGCUCUGGUCAUCACAGUUUUUAGUUUCUGACCUUUCUUUAAAGUCGCUGCAGACAUUGUCAUCUCAAAGAUACCACUCGCAUACUAGCUUCUGGACACUCAAUUGAUACACUGAACAUAAUAUCUAACACUUAUACAGAUAGCCACAUGUUCAUUUCUUUGUAUAUUUCUUGUAUUGUCCAAAAUUUCUUGUAUUGUCACAAAAAUGAGAAGCAUACGCUGAUUUAGAGGAUAUAAUAAUCUCCUAUUGAAUUUUAUAACAAAAUAAAAUUAGGGAUGCACAACUUUCUAACAGUUGCCUUGCAUAGAUACGUCAAAACACACACUUCAAUCAAAUUGAUGUGACAGUUCUCUGUUCUCAUUUUACGUAAAAAUAAGAGCUCUCCCAUUGCUGCUUGUUGCAAUGUGUUUUACAUUUCAGGGACCUUUGACAUUCAGGGAUGUGACCAUAGAAUUCUCUCACGAUGAGUGGAAAUGCCUGGACCCUGCACAGAAAGCUUUGUACAAGGAUGUGAUGUUGGAGAACUACAGGAACCUGGUCUUCCUGGGUAUAAUUCCUAAAUGUACGACCAAGGAAUUACCACCAAUAGGGAACAAUAAUACAGGAGAAAAAUUCCGAACAAUGACGCUGGAAAGACAUGAAUGCUAUGACAUUGAAGAUAUUUACUUAAGGGAAAUCCAGAAAAAUCUACUGGACCUUGAAUUUCAAUGGAAACAUGGUGAAAUAAAUUGUAAAGAAGUGCCAAUGACCUAUAAAAAUAAUCUUACUGGUAAAAGAGGUCAUCAUAGUCCAGAGAAUGUAGAAAACAAAUGUAUUGAAAAUCAGCUUACAUUAAGCUUUCAGUCACAUCUGACAGAACUGCAGAAAUUUCAAACUGAAGGGAAAGUUUAUGAAUGUAACCAAACUGAGAGAACAGUUAAUAAUGGUUCCUUAGUGUCACCACUUCAAAUAAUUCUUCCUCGUGUCCAAACCAACAUUUCUAGGAAAUAUAGGAAUGAGUUUUUGCAACUGUCAUUACCUAUCCAACUUGAGAAAACACACAUUAGGGAAAAGCCUUAUAUAUGUAAUGAGUGUGGCAAAACGUUUAGAGUGUCUUCAAGUCUUAUUAACCAUCAGAUGAUACAUACUACAGAGAAACCUUACAAAUGUGAUGAAUGUGGCAAAGCCUUUCAUCAGGGCUCACUACUAACUAUACAUCAGAUAGCCCAUACAAGGCGGAAACCAUAUCAAUGUGAUGUAUGUGGCAAGAUCUUCAGACAAAAUUCAGAUCUUGUAAAUCACUGGAGAAGUCACACUGGAGAGAAACCAUACAAAUGUAAUGAAUGUGGCAAGUCCUUCAGCCAAAGUUACAACCUUACAAUACAUCAGAGAAUUCACACUGGAGAGAAACCUUACAAAUGUAAUGAAUGUGGGAAAACCUUCAAACAAGGCUCUUGCCUCACUACACAUCAGAUAAUCCAUACAGGAGAGAAACCAUAUCAGUGUGAUAUAUGUGGCAAGGUCUUCAGGCAAAAUUCAAAUCUUGUAAAUCACCAGAGAAUCCACACUGGAGAGAAACCAUACAAAUGCAAUGUAUGUGGAAAGUCUUUUAGUCAAAGUUCCAACCUGGCAACUCAUCAGACAGUUCAUACUGGAAACAAACCUUACAAAUGUAAUGAAUGUGGCAAAACCUUUAAACGGAGCUCAAGCCUCACUACACAUCAGAUAAUCCAUACAGGAGAGAAACCAUAUGCAUGUGAUAUAUGUGACAAGGUCUUCAGUCAACGUUCACAACUUGCAAGGCACCAGAGAAGUCAUACUGGAGAGAAACCUUACAAAUGCAAUGAAUGUGGCAAGGUCUUCAGUCAGCAUUCACAUCUUGCGGGGCAUCGGAGAAUUCAUACUGGAGAGAAGCCUUACAAAUGUGAUAAAUGUGGCAAAGCCUUUAAACAGGGUUCAUUACUCACUAGACAUAAGAUAAUUCAUACCAAAGAGAAACGUUACCAAUGCAAUGAAUGUGGAAAGGUCUUUAGUGAAAAUUCAUGCCUUGUAAGGCAUUUAAGAAUUCACACUGGGGAGCAACCUUACAAAUGUAAUGCGUGUGGCAAGGUCUUCAAUUACAGUGGAAACCUUUCAAUUCAUAAGAGAAUACAUACAGGAGAGAAACCUUUCCAAUGUAAUGAAUGUGGCAUGGUCUUCAGGAAUUACUCAUGCCUAGCACGUCAUCUAAGAAUUCACACUGGGCAGAAACCUUACAAAUGUAAUGUGUGUGGCAAGGUCUUCAAUGACAGUGGAAACCUUUCAAAUCAUAAGAGAAUUCAUACUGGAGAGAAGCCCUUUCAAUGUAAUGAAUGUGGCAAGGUCUUUAGUUACUACUCAUGCCUAGCACGUCAUCGGAAAAUUCAUACUGGAGAGAAACCUUACAAAUGUAAUGAUUGUGGCAAAGUGUAUACUCAGCGUUCAAGCCUCACUAAACAUCUGAUAAUUCAUACUGGAGAGAAAUCUUACAAUUGUAAUGAGUUUGAUGGGGCAUUUAUCCAAAGUUCAAAACUUGCAAAAUAUCACAGAAAUCCUGCUGGAGAGAAACCACACAAAUGUAGCCAUUGUGGUAGAACUUUUAGUCAUAUAACAGGCCUGACAUACCAUCAGAGAAGACAUACUGGAGAGAUGCCAUACAAAUGUGCUGAAUGUGGCCAGGUCUUUAAUUCCACUUCAAACCUUGCAAGGCAUCGGAGAAUUCAUACGGGGGAGAAACCUUACAAAUGUAGUGAAUGUGGCAAGGUCUUUCGUCAUCAGUCAACAUUAGUGCGUCAUCGGAGUAUUCAUACCGGAGAGAAACCUUACACAUGUAAAGAGUGUGGCAAAGCUUUUAGAGUGCGCUCAAUUCUGGUUAAUCAUCAGAAAAUGCAUACUGGAGAGAAACCUUAUAAAUGUAAUGAAUGUGGUAAAGCUUUUAUUGAAAGGUCAAAGCUGGUGUACCAUCAAAGAAAUCACACUGGAGAAAAGCCAUACAAAUGUAUUGAAUGUGGCAAGGCCUUUGGGCGGUUUUCUUGCCUCAGCAAACACCAAAUAAUUCAUUCUGGAGAAAAACCUUAUAAAUGUAAUGAGUGUGGCAAAUCUUUUAUUAGUCGCUCAGGCCUCACUAAGCAUCAGACAAAACAUAUUGGAGAGAACCUUACAACUAAACUGAAUGCGGCAAGGCCUUUAGAUGCUCUCCUAACUUCUGGGUUCAAAUAGUUCAUACUUACUGAUAUAGCUUGUAUAACUUUCACUUCUUUCUGAAAUCUUGUGGAAUUUCAAUACCCCGAAUUGGAGGUGGGGCCUGGUGGGAGAUGACUGGAUAACGGGUGGAUUUCUCAAGAAUGGUUUAGCAUCACCCCCUUGGUGCUCUUCUCAGGAUAGUGAGUUCCGGUGAGAUAUUGUUGUUUAAAAGUGUAUGGCAGGCCAGGCACAGUGGAUCAUCCCUGUAAUCUGAGCAUUUGGGGGGGUCUAAGUGGGCAGGUCACUUGUGGCCAGGUGUUCAAGACCAGGCUGGUGAACAUGGUAAAACCUUGUCUCUACUAAAACACAAAAAUUAGCUGGGCAUGGUGAUGCAUACCUGUAAUCCU